AUGUGGAAGUUACUAACGGGCAUGAUUGCAGAAGAGAUGUAUGGCUUCUUGGAAAGGGAGAAAAUAUUACCAGAUGAGCAGAAGGGAUGUCGGAAGGGGAGUCGUGGAACAAAGGAUCAACUGUUGAUCGACAAAACAGUGCUAAAAGAUUGUAAAAGGAGAAAGACUAAUCUAGCUAUGGCCUGGAUUGAUUACAAAAAGGCGUACGAGAUGGUGCCCCAUAGCUGGAUUAUUGAGUGCCUGGAGUUGUUUGGGAUAGCAGAGAAUGUUAGAAAAUUCAUGAGUGAUGGUAUGCGAUCAUGGAAGCUGGAACUGACAUCUUCUGGUGAAAGCUUGGGAGAUGUGCAUAUUCACAGAGGAAUUUUCCAGGGGACAGCCUAUCUCCACUACUGUUCGUGUUAUGCAUGA